CAUGGUCUAUCCCUUUGGGUAGCCCUCUUCAGGCGCAAUGAUUAAACAAAGAAUAAUGCCAUAAAAAUACCACCGCAGAAUGUACAUAGUACAAUAUAACGAAUAAUAAAGCAAGAACGAAUUCUAUUAAAAAACACGUCGAAUUUUUUUUUAAAUCCACAUGGAUUCAUUAAUCAAUUAUGGAAGUGAUGGUGAAAACAGUGACAAUUCAGAGGAUACGAAGGUAACUGCAUCAUUGCAAUCCAUAAAACAUUCACAAACACCCCAGACGAGAAUUGAAGUUACAGAGAGAAGAGCUAGCGACGUGAAUUAUGACCCAGUUCAAAUGGACAUGAGUGAGGACAGCAACAACAACAAUUCUACUGAGAACUCUGGGAGUGAGAGAGGCAGAAGCCCACAAGACUUUCACGUGUCUGGAAGGAGUGCCAGGGGGAGAAGCUCACCGGAGCAUAGGCGAACACCUGAUCACCAUACUUCCAGGGAUGAUUCAAAGCGUGAAAAAUCGGAUCGUUCUCGCCAGGAGGAACGUUCCCGACGUGAAACAGACGAAAGAAGACGUGAUACAGACUCCAGGGACUACAGAGACCGAAAGUCUCGUGAUGACGAUCGUCGACCACGUGAAGACGAUCGCAGGAGUUCGAAAAGAGAUGAGUCGAGACGAGAUGAACGCGACAGAAGUGACAAAGACUAUCAUAAAGAUCAUCACAGAGAUAGUAGACGAAACAGGAAAAGAGAGAGGGACAGAAGACAUUCGAGAACUGAUCGAAAGGAUCGCCACAGGGACGACAGAUCCUCACAUCAUAAAGAAAAGGAUAGGGAGAGAAUCAGAUCAAGAUCUAGAUCGAAGGACAGACCACCCGCUGUUCCAUUCAGAUCGAUGUCUUACAGAGAAGAAAAAGGAAGGAAUAAACUGGCACAACUGGAGAAGCUGGGGAUCGAGCUGAAAACUCCUGAGGGUAAUCCUGUGACACCUAGUAACAUGGAGCAAAGUUUUUACAAUCCUCUGGCUACUGCCACUCAAGGGAAGUACGCUGAACAAAUACAGAAACGAAAACUCCUUUGGGCGAAUAAGUCAAAGCCAGAUGAAGGACAAAAAGCGACAACUGUUACUGGGUCAAAUACCUGGGUGGGCACGACCUUCACUCACGAUCAGGAUGGGAAGAUGACGGCGAAGUUUAAGAGACUCAUGGGGAUAAAAGGUGAUGCUUCCUCUGUUCCUCAGACCACAGGUUCCAAACCAGAUAUUCUCAAGAAACAAGAGGAAAUGUUUACUAAUAUGGAACAACAAUACGAAGUGGCUAGGGCAACUACUCAUACCCAGAGGGGUGUGGGGCUGGGGUAUGCAAGUGGGGGUUAUCAAUUCCCUCGAUAGAUAUCAAUAACUAUUUCAUUAAUUGAUAAAUUAUAAUUAGUGAAAUGAGUGAGAAAAAAUGUUUGAAAUGUUUUGAAGAAAGUGUUUAAAUGAGCUGACUGAAAAUGUCAUUGGGGAACUUUGUAAAUUCAAAAGUGAAGCAGAACAGGUAAAUACAAUUUUCGAGUUUUUGAUGUGAAUGGAUAUUUUAUACUUAUGAUGUCAAAAACAGCAUUGAAAGAUGAUACAAUUUCGUCGAAUGGAAAUUGGAAAAAUUGUUCUACUUUAUGUAUCUCAAUCCUGAAUAUAAACUUAUCUCAUUAAUAAGACAUGAGGAAUUCAAUUUCCAGAUAAAAAUUUGUACUGAUACUCUGCCAUGAAAUCACUUAUUAAUGAGUUACAAGUAACAAUAAUUUCACCUUGAACCUCGAUGUAUUUUAUCCUACCCGUACGCAAUUUAAGACAAUUGAGAGCAAAAUACACGAGGGGUAGAAUUUAUGCGUGAGUGUGAUUUGAAUACUUCACUUUUACUGCUAAAUGACAGUUAUGUGGGCAAUGAGCUUACGGAACAUAUAAAAGCUAUUAAAUAAAUGAAUAAUAAUGAAACACCUUUUGUAGAUUCUCCAUAUAAUCUUAUUAUAAAUUUGAAAAUUUAUUUACUA